UAUCAGGCCUUAAACUGUCUUAAAUUCAGAUUUGACGGGCCUUUAAAUAUUUUCGAAAAUCUCCCCAUCCUGACAGACCCAGCACUCUGGAAAAUCACUUUCACAUUGUAUACGUUUAUUUCACAGAAUGUCGAGGUUACUACUGUUAAAGUUCUUCUCCUUUCAGCUUUUUUAUUUGUACUCGGAAGUCGGAAGUGGGAAUGACGUCACCUCCGAGUUGACAACAGUUUUUGCCUUCUAGUUUACGACGGUGGACAAGUCGGAAAAAAACAUGGACGCAGAUGAGGCUGACCUAAUGUAAAACAAAUAAGAUAAAAUUGUUAUAAACAGUACUUUAUUAGAGUGUUUACUCACUAUGUAUGUGACUGGCAGCCAUCUUGAAUUCGUAAGUCGGGUUUGCUCCGAGUUUCCGAGUUGGAAAUCUGAUCUCAGGGUGCGCUUGAGGACAGGUGUUGUGGUGCGUUCGUUUUGUACUCGGAGGUCGGAAAUUCCCAGUUCCCAGUCGGAAGUUUAAACUCGAACGCACCCUGAGAUCGUAUUUCCAACUCGGAGCAACCGCAUCAAAUCCGACUUACGAAUUCAAGAUGGCUGCCGGACUUUCUUGCGGGCAUCCAUGUUUUCUUCCAACUUGUCCACCGUCGUCAACUAGAAACAAAAACUGCUGUCAACUCGGAGGUGAAGUCAUUCCCACUUCCGACUUCGGACCUCCGAGUACAAAAUGAACACACCAUUAUAUACAGUGUUCAGGGGGCGUUACCUCUGCUAACAGGUGACCUCUAAUCAGGUGGGAUUCAUCAUUCAGCACAGCUGGUGAGAGCAGAUUUAGAUGGUUUGAGAAUGUUUGCUGCCUCCAGAGUCGACCUCUCUUAUUUUUUCUCUUGACAGAAAAUUAAGAGCAAUUUGAGAGCGUGUUGCUGCAUUGUUUAGUUUUGUAAAGCAGCGUUUGAGAAAAUCUCAGGCAUGAAGGAUGAAGUAUUUUCUGACGUGCUUCUUCAGCAGCUUCUGGAGGUCGAUAUUAAUAACUCAAUUUACAAAGGCUGCGAGUCACCAAACUGGACAGAAAAGUCUGACUUUAGAUAUAUUAAAGGUGAUAUAAAUGAGCAUUAUCAAGACGCAGUGUUGGCUUUGAUUUUAGCCCCCUGUUCAUCUGAAUGAAGGUAGAUGGGGGAAGAAGCGGAACCAGGCUCAACAUUUGCAGCAAUGCAGCAUCAUCUGUUUCUGUCUAAAGAAGAAAGAUGAUAUAACUGCAGUCAUGAUAACUUUUCAGGGUCAUGACAUCGUCUCUGUGAGGAUUACAAGCUGCUGUUCAGGGAUUUGAUUACUGAUAAGACUUAAAAAACCUUUUCUUGAUUGCUACGACACUUAAGAAUGUGGGAUCCACCUCAUCUUCAUCAUCACCCUCUCUGCACGGCAGCAGUCUCCUUACAAAUGUGUCCAUACUCUCUUAUUGGUUUCACACAUUUUUUAAAGCAUUUUAUAUAUGUAGUGGGGGCCCCUGCUGUGUUUCUCUUUCAGUAAUGGGGUCCCUAUAAGCCCUGCGUGCUUAUAGUAUGUGAAAACAAGUACAUGCAGGCAUAUCACAGCAUUCAGGGACGGGCAGUAUUUCUAUUACUUGUAUUUAAAAUACGUAUUUCAAUUACAUUUGAGUAUUUUGUAAUUUGUAUUUGAUAAGGCCGAUAAAAAGCAAAUGUAAUUUGUAACAAAAUACUUUUGAGUGGAGUAAUUUUGUAUUUAAAAUACUCAAAAUACUUUCUCCACGAAUCAAAAAACAAAAAUAACAGGCUACACAUUCUUAUAAUAUCGGACGUAACAAUAUUUUUUACCAAUUUGUUUUUAAAUAUAUUUAUCUAUAUGUUUUUUUAAACUUGGGCCAUUCAAUGUGCCCUUCACUGACCUAGUGGUCUGUUUUACUGGACUGUGCAUAACAUAGGAAAUUGUAUGUUGUUGUGGUUGAUGCUUGGGAUGAGUAUGCUACAAAUUAAUUGCCUCACGUGGGAUCAAUAAAGUUGUCUGAAUCUAAAUCUGAAUCAGUAAAUAAUAUUUUAGGGUAGCCUACACCAAAUUGUGAGAAAACAAGCUCAGAUUUACAAUAGCUGCAACCAGAUUUGCUACUAUCACGCCAUUAAUGGAUGAAUCAUGGUUGUUCUUUCUGGCAUAGUUACUCAUGGUCUCUAAUUGCAACAUGUAAAUUUUGAGCAUUUUUGGUCAGGGACUGACAGAGUGACCUAUAGAGCUGCGGGUCGAUGCUAAAAAGAAAAAGAAAAAAAGUAUUUUCUGUAUUUGAAAAUACCAAAUACAUGUAUUUUAUUUUGAUACAUUUUCUGGCACCAGUAUUUUGUAUUUUAUUUUGAUACAUUUAUUUGAGGAGUAUUUUGUAUUUUGUAUCAAGAUACAUUUUGAUGUAUUUUUGCCCAUCUCUGACAGCAUUCACUGUAUUCUUUUCUCCAAAGAUCAUUUACUCAGGCCUGCUGCACUCUGCACCUUUUACACAUUCUCCUGUUGAAAUACUGUAAAAAGAAAAAAGUGGCAUUUUCUUAAUUUUUAUUACAUCCAUUAUUUAUAUAUUUACGUGUCUUUGUCCUCCUUUGUUCCUUUUGUUUAACAUAGUCAAUCCAACAGUGCCUGUGCUGUUUUGAAAAAACGUGUGAAACCUAAUGAAAAAGCUGUACUAGGUGAUCAAGACCGGGGGCGUCAACUGCGUAGGAUCCAUACUGAAAAUGUACGUAUGGACAAAAGUCAAAAAUGGCGUGCCAAAAAAUGUUUGACAAUUUCUACAGUUAGGCUUUCACUUCACCAUCUGUGUCGCCAAUUUCCCGUCUCCAAACUGUUCAUAAGCAUGGGUCAAAGUUUCAUCAAGUCUGUUUUUAUAGAUCACAACUUUUGCAUGGGAAGUGGCGUACAGAUCCUUGAGGUCUCGCUGUGUGCCUACGUACACAGAGACCCCAGGUGGAUCCCAGUUUCACUAAGUGUCUAAGCAAUUUCGGAAAGCUGGAAUAUAAAAAGGUGCAGAUAGUGCAUAAAAUAAACAUCAAAAUAGAGUUUGUGCCACGGGAGGCUCCUCCAGACCCCCUGAAAGAGGCCCAGGGUAAUUAUUCAUGUAUUAAUUAUCAAGGUUUAUUUAUUAACUGGCUCCUGACCUCGUGUCAUUUUGAAUUGUAUCAAAGGAAGACUCAUACACAUUCAAAACAUACAUUCAAAAAUCUCUACUCUACAUGUUGCAGGGCUGCACUGAGGACAGUCCAACACGGACUGAAACAUUUGCACAUUUCCUCACUGCCUGUGCCCUGCAACAUGUAAAAUAGAGUCUUCCAUCACUACAAUGUGACAUUAUCGUUGACUUCUGCACCAGAAUAGAAGACUAACAGGACAGUUUAUUAUUAAGGUGCGGCUCAUCUCAUGCUGACCAUCCCCUCCUGUCAUUUUGUCCCCAGAAGCAAGCUGAGUCUCCCUGGUCUAAUGUCACUGUUUAAUAAAGAAUACAAUGCCUGAAAGGUCUGUAGUGUGGGAAGGACAUCAGGGGUGCAUUCCAAAUCUCAUACUGUUUGUUUUCACUUUUAGUACGGAGCCCUUCUGUGCGGAUUUUGCAUGUUCUCCUCAUGUCAGCGUGGGUUUCCUCCAGGUGCUCCGACAUGUUCUCCUCAUGUCAGCGUGGGUUUUCUCCAGGUGCUCCAGCUUCCUCCCACAGUCCAAAGACAUGCAGGUUAAUUGGUGACUCUAAAUUGUCCGUAGGUGUGAAUGUGAGUGUGAAUGGUUGUCUGUCUCUAUGUGUCAGCCCUGUGAUAGUCUGGUGACCUGUCCAGGGUGAACCCUGCCUCUCGCCCAAUGUCAGAACCAACCUGACUGCAAAAUCGUACCGGAUGUAGUAGAACAUCCUGGUAUUUUUGGCACACUGCAAUUGACAUACAAUAUAUUUGGGCAUACUAAAUCUAUUUCUGGCAUACUGUAUGGUGUGGUAGUGAGGGUAUUGGGAUGCACAGCAGCUGUUGGUGGUGGGGACAAGAUGUGCGGCAGGUCUAAAAGCAGUUUCAGUCCCAUAUUUAACUGAAAAACAAUAAUUAUAAUUUAAAAAAAGUCCACUUGGCUGCUCUCAGACAUCACUACAGAUAACACAAGUCGUUUUUUAUGUGCGAACACCGUGAAAUAUUCUUAGUAAAAACAUUUUUCUACAUCUGCUCACUCCUGCCAAAUGUCUCAUUCCUUCAGUGUGAGCUGAACAUGCUGAUGUCAGAGUUAUGAGAAAUCAGUAAGAUUUAUAACAGGCCUCUGCAGGGAAACCAAACACCUGUGACCCACCACACUGUUCCUUCAUUUGAACAGUUAACGUGACCGCCUUCACAUAGUUUUAUGAUCCACAGCCUGCCAAUAGGAUUCAGGUGGAGUGAAGCUCAGAGUUGAUCAACAGCUCAGAGCGUGUUGAGGCAAGGCGCAGUGCCUCACUCUGCCUUUGCUUCAUCCUCCGUCUGUGAGGAAACCUCAGAGCACCUCUAAUUACCACAAGCGUCUGACAUUUUAAACUGUUGUCCCGUCUCAUCACCACACUGGAUCAUCAGUAGAUGUGUGACUGGAGUUAUGUGACAAUGCAGGACAAGGCCAACACAGAUUCACAAGACAAACCAGAGGGAGAGAUCAGUGAUCGACGUGUGCAGCAGCCUCAAGAUGAGAGGACAGCAGUGCGGACGAGAGCCUUCACCAGGUGGAUGAAUGUGUUCCUGCAGAGACGUGAUCCUCCGGUCGAAGUGCACAACCUGUUCACAGACAUCCAGGAUGGCAGGAUACUGAUGGCUCUGCUGGAGGAGCUGUCCGGAUGCAAGCUGCUUUACAGGUUCAGGGCGUCGUCUCACCGCAUUUUCAGACUGAACAAUAUUUCCAAGGCCCUGGCUUUCCUGGAUGAUCGACAUGUGAAGCUGCUUGGCAUCGAUGCCUCCGGUAUUGCUGAUGGGCUUCCCGCUGUUGUUUUGAACCUAAUCUGGAACAUGAUCCUGUUUUUCCAGGUAAAGGAGGUGACGGGAGGCCUCCAGAGGCAUUUGUCUUCUAGCCUCUCCUCCUUAUCAAUGAGCAGUUACCCCUCCUCCGGCGACCUCUCACCCCAGCCAAAUGACAUUGGCAGCUACUCCUGCAGCACCCUGCCAAGCAAAGGCAGAAAGGCUGCCAGAAAGCCAAAGUACCACGGGAAAGCAAUCAAAACUCUCCUGCAAUGGGUCCAAAGAUGCACAUCAAAGUUUGGGGUGGACGUGCAUGACUUUGGGAAGAGCUGGAGGAGUGGGCUGGCAUUCCUGGCCAUGAUUAAGUCUUUAAACCCAGCCUUGGUUGACCUGAGGGAGAGUCUGUCCAGAGAGCCAAGAGAAAACAUUCAGCUGGCCUUCACGAUAGCCAGUCACAGUUUGGAUAUUCCACCUCUGCUGGAGCCUGAAGAUGUGUUGGGCACUUCACCAGAUGAGCGGUCCAUCAUCACCUAUGUGUCCAUGUUCCUGACGGAUUACUCAGGCACAGACAAGUGUCAUACAGCAGAUCUUGGAGUUCUUGAGAUCCCAAAUUUUGGAUCGCUUGACUCCGUCAGCUUUGGAAAGACCCUCGCUGAUGACCCAGAGGCCCAAGCUUUGCUCCAAGGCAUGGAGAAGUCCAGUGAGCAGGGACUGUGGAAACGAUGGGCCAGAAGAUCCUCAGGGAGCCCCCGCACCACCCUGCUUUCUGCAAGUGAGGCCACGUCACCGUUCAAUAAAAAGACAAGCAGGAGUCGAGGCAUUUUACAGCCACCCAGUCCGCUGGAUGCAGGCAUUGGCAGCCCGGAGAUCCGAUCAUGGAUGGAGAAAGCGUCUGCGGAGCAGAGCUACAGCAAGCCAAGAGUGGAUGAAAGUCACUUUUCUUUGAGCUCAGAGGAAGGAAUCUACAACUUGUCAGCACUGGACUCAGAUGAGGAAGAAGCCUACAGCUACAUCCUGGAUCUGAAUAAAGAGGUUUUCCCACCGUAUAAUCAGCUGAAGAGACAAGUGCCAAGAGUUGAGGAGGAAACAGAGGAAGAAAUGCUCCUGAACGGACAGCAGACUGAAGAGUUGGCACAUCUGGAGAUAUUUGAGACGUUAAACGGCAGCGAAUCUAAACAUCAAGAAGGCUCACUGGAACAAAAUGUUGAUUCAGAAGUCAGGGCUCAGUCAGUCCUUCACAGGGCGUUUGAUAGGGACACAGAUGAAAGUAGUUCCAGAGAGACGGCAAACGGCAUAGCUGUGUUUGACGUGCAGCCAGAGGAAGACAGCACAGAGGAACGUAAAGAUGAGACAGUUGUUCGAGGACAGAGUAAUGAUGAUGGCAAUCAUUGUGAGGAAGAGAAGGAGGAGGAGAAGACAGAAAAUACUAGAUUGGUGAAAUGUGGUGAAAGAGAGGCUCUGGUGGAUGAAACCGAGAACACAAAGCUUCUUGAAGCAGCUAGUUGGAAGACAGAGGUUGAGGAUGACACUGAUAGAGGGCUUUUUGAAAAAUGUGGACAAGUGAGUGAAAAGAAAACAAUGGACGAAGAAGAUGAGGCAGAGAAUGUGACGAUAUUUAAGGAAGUCCAGGACAGAAUGUUAGGGAGAGAAAAAGCGGAAGAGGAUAGUGUAAAAGAGGAAGACGGUCAGCAGAGUGUUGUGAGCUCAGAAAGCUUUAAGGUCGGAGUAAAUGAAAAAAUAUUAACUGACGAGGUUGUAUGUGGGGCAAGAUGGGCCGGAGCGACUCAUGCAAAAGAACAAAAUGACGGGAAAGACGAUGCCCCUGAAAUGGAAGAUUUAACUUGUGAAGAUGAAGACAAGGACAGAUACAGUGCUGAAGUCAUGAAUUCAGUGGAUUCUGAAGCAGUGAGAACAGAAGAGGAGAAAGACAGGGAAUUAAGGAUUAAAAGACAUAAGCUCACUGAGAAGACAGCGACAACAACAGACCAUCCCAAUGAAACAGCCCAAAAAAAUGACACUAAUGGAGGUGUUAACGUCCAUGAUGGUGAGCGAUGGACUCCUGCCUAUGGUGCAACUUCUCCAUCAUUCAGAGCAGAGGGAUUCACUCUUCACUCUUCAGCCGCCUCUUGUGACAUAACCCCAUCAGAGCUGGAAAUGCUCGUGGUCCUGUGGAUCCUGCUCUUCUGCUGCUUCAUCCUACCUCAGCUGAACUUCUGAGUCUCUCCUGCGGUGCUCCCUCCCUAUUAAGAUAUGCUUAUUAGCCCAGUUCCCACUAACGAGCCAAACAAGGACACUCAGGGCUGACUCUUUAUCUGUGUCACUAAAUUUCCCUCAAGGCAACAUUUAAUGAUUGUGUUUGCUUUUUCGCUGCCAGCAGAAAUAAUUUGUCUUUUGGGUUAUAGUUUCAGAUAAAACACAUGAAUGCUGUUAUCUCCAUUAUGACUCAGUUUGUCAGAUACUUGGUCUCACACAACUCAAAUUAUCAGACAUGGUUUUUUUUUUUUCUGCAUGUCCAAAAUUCUCUGUUUGAUUUAUUUUUUCUGGCAGAAAUCCUCCUUUCAAUUUCAGUUGACUUUAUCGACCACAUGGAGGCAGCGCAGCAUCACAGCAGAGACUGUCUCAGACGACAGACCGUCUCUGCAGCAUUCUGUCGACUGCUGAGAAUCCCAUCUGACCUGCUGUUUAAUUAGAAGCUGUAUUGACACGCUGAGAUUAAGCAGAUAAUAUUUAAUGAGCACUUUGACAUUUCGCACUCAGAACGUAUACAUUGUCAUUGUUUUGAUCAACAAUGUUGACUUUUUACUUGACUUUUCUGUGACUAUGAGAUAUAAAUAAUAAUUUGUACUCUCAUGUAUCUUCUGGUCCUUUCCAUGAGGUCAAAUCAGAAAUCAGCCUUGUAAAUAUUCUAUUUGAAGGUGCUGUAGAUGCAAUGGGGGAAUUAGUAUUCAACAUGUCAACAUUUUUUUCAUUAAACAUAUUCUCAAUGCAGCUAUUCACAUGAAAUUUACACAAGACAUUGACAUUAACUCAGUAAAAUUGCACAGCAAACGGAAUCGUAACAUUUCCAACCAUAAAAAUAUAUGUGCAAUAAAGUGUAAAAACAUAGGGAAAAAAGUUUUGAACACACCAACUGAAAUGUUUUUUUUUAAAACAAUCAAACAUUUAUAUCAUUAUUUCUGCUUUAAAUAAAGCAAACAGGUAUUAAAGAAACUUUAUGAAAUGAUAUAAAGAAGAAAAACAGACGUACAAAUCAACAUUUUUUUUUUUUUUCUUUAAAUACAUUUGGUGUGAUAUUCUAACUCAGUGUUUCCCAACUGGUGGGUCGUGGUCCAAAAGUGGGUCAGUUAUUUUUGACUCUUUCCCCACCAUUGACGAGAUAUUCCGGCAAUCCGUGUUUUCACUGUUAUAAGAUAGGGGUCGCUGUUACACAUCUUGUAAAAUAGAACAGCACUCCCGUAUCCAAAAACAAAUGAAGAAGACAAUCUGCUGGAAACCGGAAGGAGAUGUUGUAGCUUGUGACUGCACGAAAAUGCGGAUGACGACGGAAAGCUGUGGAGAUGUUGAUGGACUCGGACACCGUCACUUCCUGUUUUGAUCUACAUUCUGAAUCUGAUUUGGACAAAGAAGCACACGAGUUUGGUGGGACGAAGCGGGAUCUCCAUGGUGGUGACAGUGACACACGGACAAGAUGACCACAGAGGAGGCAGAGACAACACAACACUGUGAGGACCUUGAAUGAAUGACUAAGGAGAAAUCUGGACCAGUUGGGAACCACUGGUCUAACUCAUGUCGUUCAAACAAUCUGAUGCUGACCUCAUAACACCUUUUCAUCCUCAGAGACCAAAUUCAUUUGUUACCAUAGAACAUUCUGUACCCUGAGCCAACUUUGGGCCAAUGCCCGUAAUGAGUACACUCAUUUACUUUAAUGCUAAUGUGCAACAUUAACCUCGCAGCACCACCAACAGUUCUGUGCAGUUAUAACUUGGUGAGACGCACUGGAAGAACAGUGGAUCCCUCUGUAUUGGUAAUCUCUCGCAAAAUCCCAUUCCAGCACAUGUCCGACUCCUCAUAUCUCCAGAUGUCUGUCGUCUCUGUUGUUGGAUUGAAAUGUUAGGACUUCUUUAUCUGUGUAGUUUUACUGAAUUAAUAUCAAUGUCUGGUGUAAAUUUCAUGUCAAUAGCUGCAUUGCAAAUAGGUUUAAUGAAAGAAAAUGUUGGCGUGUUGAACACUUAUUUUCCCUCACUGUAUAUUAGGCACAUGUAC